AUUUAAUCAUUGCAGUUUCUCUCGGGUUAUCAGAUGCAAAAGUGGGACGUUCGGGUAUACUCCACAUAAGAUGUGGCAGCAACUCCAGAGAUGUGCUUCUAGUUAAUUGGGAGUUUUUCCAAUCAUGUCCAGAUCCAACAGUGUCAGCCCACCCGGAGGCGGCGGGCCCGGCCUGCGGGGCGGCACUGAGCACCGGUCGGCUUGGGGCGAGUCCGACUUUGCGGCCAAUGGAUGCGUGUACUCUGGUCGCAGACUCAACACCCGCUGGAGGGACGACGAUGACCCCCCAGAACGUUGCGGGGCCGGACACCCCGGCCGCGUGGCCACCACCGUGAGCCGGGUCAGCUUCCGCUCUCGUGCGGCGUGGCAGGAGCGCGGCGGUGACGAGGUUCGAACUAGAUCGGUGGAACUGGGCCUCCCUCAAGAUGGCGUCCCCGCUGAGCCGAGCUUCUCGGCAGCGGCUUUGUUGUCGGGCGUGAUGCAUGUCUUCAGCUCCAAGAAAUUCCAGUCUGAGAACCUGGAGCGACUGUACCAGCGCUACUUCUUCAGGCUCAAUCAGAGCAGCAUAACCAUGCUCAUGGCAGUACUGGUGGUGGUUUUUGCCGUCAUGUUGCUCUUCCACUGCUUGGGGGGCAGCGGGCUUAGCGUGGCGUACGUCCUGGUCUUCUCAGGCGCCAUCCUGCUGACAUUGGUGCUGAUGGCGGCGUGCAACCGAACGGGUUUCCACCAGGACCACAUGUGGGUGGUGUGCUAUGUGCUCAUCCUGCUGGUGCUGCUCGUGCAGGUGGUUGGCGUGCUUCUUGUGCGGCCCCGGGACGCCUCCGAGGGCAUCUGGUGGACCGUGUUCUUCAUCCAUGUAGUAUACACGCUACUGCCAGUCCGCAUGCGAGCCGCCGUGUUCACUGGGCUGCUGCUGUCCAGCGUGCACCUUGCCCUCUCCUGGAUGCAAAACACCAUGGACCCAUUUCUCUGGAAGCAGCUGGUGUCCAAUGUGCUGAUUUUCUCGUGCACCAACAUCGUGGGUGUUUGUACACAUUACCCGGCGGAGGGCUCUCAGAGGCAGGCCUUCCGGGAGACGCGGGAAUGCAUCCAAGCUCGCCUGCACUCGCAACGGGAGAACCAGCAGCAGGAGCGUCUGCUAUUGUCGGUGCUUCCCCGCCACGUUGCCAUGGAGAUGAAGGCAGACAUCAACGCCAAGCAGGAAGACAUGAUGUUUCACAAGAUCUAUAUCCAGAAACACGACAACGUCAGCAUCCUGUUUGCGGACAUCGAGGGCUUCACCAGUUUGGCGUCUCAGUGUACGGCUCAGGAGCUGGUCAUGACGCUCAACGAACUCUUUGCUCGCUUUGACAAGCUGGCGGCAGAGAAUCACUGCCUGCGCAUCAAGAUCCUCGGUGACUGCUACUACUGCGUGUCGGGCCUUCCCGAGGCCCGCGCCGACCAUGCUCACUGCUGCGUGGAGAUGGGCCUGGACAUGAUCGAAGCCAUCUCGCUGGUGCGGGAGGUGACGGGUGUCAACGUAAACAUGCGGGUGGGCAUCCACAGCGGACGCGUUCACUGCGGCGUGCUGGGACUGAGGAAGUGGCAAUUUGACGUCUGGUCUAACGACGUCACACUCGCCAACCAGAUGGAGGCCGGCGGAAAAGCCGGGCGCAUCCACAUCACCAAAGCCACUCUCAACUACCUGAACGGCGACUACGACGUGGAGGCCGGCUCGGGCGGCGAGAGGAAUGCUUACCUAAAGAGGAACAGCAUCGAGACGUUCCUCAUUGUUGGAUGCAGCCAGAAGAGGAAAGAGGAGAAGGCUGUGAUCGCCAAGAUGAAUCGGCACAGGGCAAACUCGGUGAGUCACAACAGCAGCCACUGGACAGACCGACCUUUCUACAACCACCUGGCCAACAACAACCAGAUCUCCAAGGAGAUGAAGAGGAUGGGCUUUGAAGACCCGAAGGACAAACACGCGCAGGAACACGUGAACCCCGAGGACGAGGUGGACGAGUUCCUGGGCCGAGCCAUCGACGCCCGCAGCAUCGACCGCCUCCGCUCGGAACACGUCAAGAAAUUCCUGCUCACCUUCCGGGAGGCCGACCUGGAGAGCAAGUACUCCCGACAAGUGGACUCGCGCUUCGGCGUGUACGUGGCAUGUGCCUCCCUCGUCUUCGUCUUCAUCUGCUGCAUCCAUGUUGUCAUCAUGCCCAUUUCUGGCGUGAUGAGGAGCUUUUUCGUGUGCUGCCUGCUCCUCCUGAUGGCGCUCGUAUUCGUGUCCAGCGUGUAUUGCUGCUACGGGGUGUUCCCGGUGGCCCUGCAAACCUUCUCCAGGAAGAUCGUCCAAUCGCGUUUGAACGGCACCCUGGUGGGCGUGGCCACCAUCGUGGUGGUCUUCCUGUCAGCCUUCGUCAACAUCUUCAGCUGCAGCGGUCGUGACCUCCGCAGCUGCAUUGGGGCGGAGCUUAACAUCAGCCGGGACGCUGUUGACGCCUGCCACGCGCGCUUCCUCAACUACAGCCUGGACGCACAGACUGGACCCUGCGGGGAUCCAGCGCCCUUCUGCGCUUUUCCUGAGUACUUUUCGUGGUGCGUGGUGCUGAGCCUGCUGGCGUGCUCGGUGUUCCUGCAGGCUCACAGCCUGGGCAAGCUGCUGCUCAUGCUGGCCAUGGAGCUUUCGUACCUGGCGCUGGUGGAGCUGCCGCACGCCGCCCUCCUCGACAACCGCGACCUCCUCGUCGUGGCCCACGCCGCCGCCGAGCACCUGAACGGAACCAGCUGCGCGGUCGAGUCCAAGGUGCCUCUGAGGAUCGUGACGCCCGUGGUCAUCACCGUGUUUGUGCUGGCGCUCUACCUGCACGCCCAGCAAGUGGAGUCCACGGCCAGGCUCGACUUCCUGUGGAAGCUGCAGGCGACGGAGGAGAAGGAGGAGAUGGAGGAGCUGCAGGCGUACAACCGGAGACUGCUGCACAACAUCCUGCCCAAGGACGUGGCGGCGCACUUUUUGCAGCGGGAGCGCCGCAACGACGAGCUCUACUACCAAUCGUGCGAGUGCGUCGCCGUCAUGUUCGCCUCCAUCAGCAACUUCUCCGAGUUCUACGUGGAGCUCGAAGGCAACAACGAGGGCGUGGAGUGCCUCAGGCUGCUCAACGAGAUCAUCGCAGACUUUGACGAGAUCAUCAGCGAGGACAACUUCCGGCAGCUGGAGAAGAUCAAGACGAUCGGCUCGACGUACAUGGCGGCUUCGGGCCUGAACGCGGGCACCUACGACAAGACGGGCCGCUCGCACGUGCGCGCGCUCGCCGACUACGCCAUGCGCCUCAUGGAGCAGAUGAAGCACAUCAACGAGCACUCCUUCAACAACUUCAAGAUGAAGAUCGGUCUGAACAUGGGCCCCGUGGUGGCCGGCGUGAUCGGCGCCCGCAAGCCGCAGUACGACAUCUGGGGCAACACGGUCAACGUGGCGAGCCGCAUGGACAGCACCGGUGUGCCGGAGAAGAUUCAGGUGACGGCCGACUUGUACCAGGUUCUUAACUCCUACAAUUACUCACUGGAGUACCGAGGCGUUGUGACCGUGAAGGGCAAAGGUGACAUGAUGACCUACUUCCUCAAAAGCGGACCCUCCAGCAGCAGCUAACGCA